AUGAAUGCCAACAAUGUGGAAGGACUGCUGCUUAGGAUAAAGACGGGCGUUGCCACUCUUGAUGGGACUCCCGAAGUGAUGGUAGCUAUCGAUCAUUUCCAACAGGACUCAUCUAUACUCACUGCUCAACUAGGGGAGCUUGUUGAAACCCUUACAGGUAACUUCUUCACGUCAAGCACACACGACCAGUCGAUUAUUGGCAGCCUCUUUUAUUCUCUCUCCAAAGUAUGCGGGAUCAAGAGAACAAUGAAGCAUAUGCCUACGGACAUAUUUUUAUUAUCCAAGGUCAUGGCUCUACUACAAAGGAGCGAUCAGUGCGACCAGUGGAAACUGGCAUUUAUGUUAUUAGCAUGGUUGAAAAUGGUACUAAUGUGUCCAUUCAAGCUGGAUACAGACGAGGAGAUUGUAGAGUUUACUUCACAAUUCAAGGCGUCCCCGGUCCUAAAACCGCUGGUAGCGGGAGUACACUCUGAAUUGUUUUCCAAGAAUGCCGCAUUAUUUCGGAAGUGCCACAUAGGUGGACAUGUCGACCUGUUGACGCUCAAUCACACCUUGAAAGCCGUAUUACUCCAGAACGAUUCGAAACCGUCCUGUUACUUUGUCGGCUCAUCCAGUCUCGCUGAAUUAACUAAAACUUGCCUAGCAAGAAGAGAAGACCUGAACGACACGGAUGCAGCAAUUUUACUCAAAAUUUUACCGAAAUUAUGUCGAUUGCACGCUGCUCAAGAAUCGUGGGAGCCCAUCGAAGAAAUUACGUCGUGGUUAUUGAAUAAUUUGGCACUCAGGUCAACUGAUCUUAGAUUUCAAUUAGCGCAUAGCUUUGCCAAGAUCAUUCAAGUGUUGGCAAAAGUAGACGUGGACUCUGCGAUUAGUUUGGUCGAGGAUAUUCUGUCAGAUGUGACAACUGACAUCCAUAACACACCCAUCAACGCUUUAGAUACAAACAAGUUGCAUUCAGAGCUCUUAGUGAUCGCCGAAGUUGCGAGAUUAGGAGUUUUAGUAUCUGAUCUUAUACAUAAGUUUGCUAGCAGCAUACUACCUGUCACGAUCAAGUUUCAACAGCUACGCAUCAGUACGAUCACGGGCCAUCAAAUUCGAGACGCAACCAACUUUAUAUGCUGGUCAAUUGUUAGGAACUGUGAUGUGACGACAGAUUUUGAAACAAUAUUCUUCCACUUGCUAAUGUGCUCGAUGUUUGAUCAUGAGUUCACCAUAAGAAGAUCGGCGGCAGCAGCCCUCCAAGAGAGCCUGGGUCGAUAUCGUGGAGGCUUGUUAGACGAUGCGAGCACUAUGAUGAUAAUAGAACUUCCAAUCCAUAGCCUUCAAAUAUCGUUUCAAGAGAACGUUCCUAAGCUAUUCGCAAUUUUUUCGAGGGCUUCUCCCCAACUUGUUCGUCCCUUGCUUAGGUGGUUGAUUUUCCAUAACAUUUUGGAAAGUAAUGAUUAUAAGGUUGUUGAGCUGUCUUCAGCGUCUGUCAACAAACUAAUGCAAUGUGAGGUUGAUCAGCAGUUGCCAGAAGUAUUACUGUCAAUGGUAAUUUCCGCUUUUGAAUGUGCGGGGAAAACCACUUCCUCUAAUGCCAGGCUGGUGUUCCUAACGGCAGAACGCCCAUUUCUCCACCAUGACUUAGUCAGCAACCGUGCUCUCUCUUGUUUUCAUGCGAUUACACUGGAUCUCAAUGAAAGGUCGAAUAAUCCUGACGAAUUGUUUAAAGUGUUUGCUUUCAUGAAGGCUCUGAAAGUAUUCGCGUCUGACGGUUUCACGACCCAGAAAGUAGACGCGGACAUCUUGGACACCCUACUCAGAAUAAUUCGCUUUCGCUCACCUUCUGACGCUUACUUCCCUGAGAUCGAGAAGAUGUUCUUACCAAUUGCCGCGAAACUUCUUUCGAGCGAAGCCUGUUUUGUCCAUCAUACCCUCUUCAACGAAUUUACAACCAACUUCAAGAAACUCACCUUAUUCAAUAAUCCACUGUGCUGCGCAGGCAUGGCGUAUAUGCCAGCUGCAGAAUUUCUGAAUGAAUUUACUACUGUAUGCCCACGACUCAGCUGUGAAGCUCGCUGUUACGUAAUAAGAGCUUUGCUUGGUCAGUCAGUCAGGAUCGUCAGGUCACAAGGUUUAGGAGUGCUUGAUGUUAUUGUUGACUUAUUAGACGAUUAUACGAUCACCAACCAAGGCGACGUUGGUAGCCUUGUGCGAAAGUGCACGACUGAUCUUAUUCAAGCCCAGUUUGAACUCUUCAUGGGAUGCAGCGUUGAAAUGAAAGAAAGAACCAACCAGAAGCUUGCGCGUAUCGCUGCAGAACCAACCAACGAUUUGCGGGAAGCUGCCUUCAGCAUACUGACUAAACAAUAUCGUUUUGAGUAUACCCCCAAAACAAAUCACUAUGAAGCUAUUUUCCGUUUUUAUUCCAUUUAUAGAAAUGAGCUUGGGGAUGCCCUUUUGGAAGGAUUUGUCUUUUCAGCCGGUGCAAUCUACUCUACAGAUCAGCAAAUGCGUACCAGUAUGGAUUGUUUCAUAAAAUAUUACAAUUCUAUCCAAACGACCGACAGAAUCGAAUUGCUAUGCUCUAUGCUGCGUAUUAUUCCCUCCUUUAGGCAACUACAGUGCUGGCAACAGACAACAGCCCAUGUAAACACCCUUGGGUGUCAAAAAAGGGAUGAAAUCAAGUUCGCCAUAGUUUGCGUCAACUUUUGGCGUCGUGCAUUUGAGUCAGGAGUGUUCCCAGACCACGAUUUCAAGAUAAGGGAAGCCUUCGCCAAAUUUUACAACCUUCAUUUGAUUAAAAACACGGCUUUAAAAGUGGCGGUUGUGAAACUGAUGCCCUACAUUGCUGUGACGUGUUCAAAUUACUGCUCAUAUGAGUGGUUGCUUGUAAAGGAUGAAGUUGUAAGGCGAUUGAAGGUCUUGGCCGACCGAUAUAAAAAUGACACAGACAAGGCGACAAACCUGCGUCAACUGGCAUAUGAGGGCUUGGCAACCGUACACCUUGCAUUCAAUGAAUACGAUAGCCUGGGCGACAUACAACAAGCGGGGUCCGAUGAUGAGUGCCAAAAACCCUUUUGA